UUUAGGAACCUUUAAAAUACAGAAAAAUUACAUCUGCUUGUAUUUAUACUAAAUAACAUUUAGAAACUUAAUAUAAGGUAAUAAUUAGUACUUAAUAUUAUAGGUAUUAUAUAAUUGAUUGUUAUUGAUAGUUUUUCUGAAGCUAGUAAAUUUUCUUUGCUAAUUCAUUAAUUUUAUUUAUUUCUUAGAGACUUUUUGCUUAGGUUUUUAUGUUUCUAGAUAUUCUUGUCUUGUACAGGGUCCGGCAUUAAUGCGUCGGACAUCUGUAGCUCCAAGAAUAAAAAAACUUGUGAAUUUCGUUUAAGUCCAAACCUAUAUAAAGUAUCUACGAGGAUGUAUUUUAGGAAAAUAUUUUAAUUUCUAUAGAGUGGCUCAAAAAACUGUGAGUGGAUCGGGAACAUAUAUGAACUGUAACUAAAAGAUAUUUUGUCUUGUUUCAGAUUAUGCCAGAAAUUAUCCAGGGUUACGGAUAUCCAAGGACCACGCUGCCAUUGAAGAAGGAGAUGACGAACAACACACGAACACAGCAACAGAUCUUCAAGUCGCAAAGAAACCCGGAUGGUUUUGGAUGGAAUGGACCAAGGAUCGGUAUGGGUCUGGACACGUCAUAUAGCUCAGGUCGUACCUGGGCUCGGGCACUGUAUCCAGACGUGCUGCACUUCGGGAGUGAAUGUGCGCCUUUACACAUUUUGCUCGGUACAAUCGCGGGUAGGGCCCAGCUGGACUCGAGUGAUGAUCGCAAUCGAAUGGGGACACACAAUUGUAAUUACCAAACUACACUUACUUUACCCAUGCAGACGGCUCAUGGAAUGCUAUCACGUGAAAAUCCAUCAACGCUCCCAGCUAGUAAGCGUGCGGUUUAAUGUCUCUACUAUCAGGCUCUAAAGACAUGACCGCUGAGUUCGUGUUAGAUUAAUCCGUCGUUUUACUUAGUCUGGGUUCAAUAUCACAAGUGUCACUCUUUUUCU